AUGUACCAAAUUAUCAUAGAGCGGGACCUGAGUGAUCAAUGGUGGAAAGUGAACAGCGAUGAAGUUGAGAACAUCACCACGAGCAAGGCGGCUAACCUGGACAAGGACAAGGACAGUAACUCGCAUAGUGUUCAACAGCUGAUGCUCGCUGAGAAUCUUGUCAGCUACCUCGGCGUCUGCGCCGAACCGGGUCACGUGAUGAUCCUCACCGAACUCUGCAGGAAGGGAAACGUGUAUGACAUAAUCGGCAACGAGGCGAUCACAUUCGACUGGGACUACAAACAUGCAUUCAUUAACGAUAUCAUAUGCGGUAUGCAAGAAAUCCACAACUCGGAUAUUAGAUGGCACGGGAAACUGAAUUCGAGAAACUGUGUAAUAAGCGCACAGUUCGUGCUUAAAAUAACCGAUUACGGACUGCAGAGCUUCAGGGAUGACAACAUUCUUGACAUGGAGCAGGAUGGCAUGGCUACAUGCUAUAGUCUAAAGGAAGGCACAACGGCGUCGCCGUCCCUGUCGUCGGCCGCUUUGGAAAAGUACGCCGGUAACUUGGAGGCGAUGGUCGAGGUGCGCACGAUGGAGUAUCUGGACGAGAAGCGAAAAGUCGAGAAGCUGCUCUACGAAAUCCUCCCAAAUAGAAAGCAGCUGAUAAUGGGGAAAUCAGUGGCUCCUGAGGCGUUUGACAGUGUCUCCAUCUACUUUAGUGACAUCGUCCAUUUUACGCAGAUUGCGGCUGAAAGCACGCCCUUGCAGAUCAUCUGCUUCCUCAACGAGCUGUACACGUACUUCGACGACAUACUGAACAACUUUGACGUAUACAAGGUGGAGACGAUCGGAGACGCGUACAUGGUCGUCUCGGGUCUUCCUAUACGAACCGACAAUCACGAAGCCGAGAUAGCGCUGAUGGCGCUAACACUGCUCAACGCGACGGCCAAGUUCAAGAUACAUCACCAGCCGAAUACGAAGCUGAGAAUAAGAAUCGGCAUGCACACGGGUCCAUGCGUAGCCGGAGUCGUUGGAACGAUCAUGCCAAGGUACUGCCUGUUUGGUGACGCCGUCAACACUGCUUCACGCAUGGAGUCAACCGGAUUACCUCUAAAGAUUCACGUGAGCGAUGCGUUUAAAGCCAUGCUGGACAUGUACGGGGUGUUUACACUAGAGGAACGUGAAGCACAGUGGAUCAAGGGUAAAGGGUUGAUGACAACUUACUGGCUCACUGGCUGCAUGGAAAGCUCCGACUUGGGGGCUGAGCGCCUACGUCCAAUAUGCAGCAGUCAGAUGGACAUCGUCGGUCGCAUGGCUGCCGAGUGGAACGUCCCGAUCUUUACCAGCGGAGGUGUGACGAUAGACCAGAGUGAAGGCUUUCCGACGCUCACAAGCUUCGGGCACAACUUCAACAGCGCUCAAAGAAUUGCCGAACGAAUUCUUUCCGAAUCUACAGAGUAUCUCGUACGGAAAUUCGACGGAAAUAAGGGAAAUCCUCAAAUCAGCGUCAACGGUCUCAAGAG